UAUGCACAAAUAUGUGUGUACAGACUGAUUUCUGUUUUCUAGUUUUGUCCUGCAAAACCAUUGAAAAAAUGGUUUUGUUGUCCUGGUAUUUGUUGUAUUUCUCAGGGGAGCGACCUCCCUCCAAUAUGGCCCCAUCUGUGCUGAAGUCUCAGUCGAAGAUGUUGGUGAUUGGAGGGUCUGGUGCUGAAAUGAUUCCACCGGCAGUGGCUUUGGCACUCAUGAACCACCUUUGGUUUGGAAAGAGCCUUAAGGAGGCAAUUGAUACUCCUGUUGUUCUUGUAGACUCUCAAAGUGAAAUAAAACUUGAAUCCAAGCUUGAAAAGGAUGUAGUUGAUGGUCUUGAAGCUAAAGGACAUAAAAUAGCAAAAUUCUAUAACACAGUUAAUGCUGUGGAAAAGGCGGGCAGCUGUAUCUCUGCAUGGUCUGAUGAAAGGAAAAAAGGCAAAGCAGCUGGUUACUGAGACCAAGAGUCAGUGAUGUUAGUUAUACAGCAUGGUCUUAAGGUUAUGGACACUGCUGUAGCUACAACAUUGGUCCAUCUAUAUUCAUCUGUUACGUGAUAAUACAUUCAUUCUUUACUCAUAUGCAGUGUUGGGCAAGUUACUUUUGAAAAAGUAAUUAGUUACUAGUUACUAGGGAUGGGUAUUGUUUCGGUUUUAUCCAA